AUGAUGUAUGAUGAUAAAACCAAGGCAGCCGUUCAGAAGAUUCCGCUCCUUAGCGUCAAAGCUGGGCCCCGCGAUGGGGACUGGGUUGAGCGGUUGAAAGAAGAGCUGGCAGCGCUGAUUCAAUAUGUGCAGAACAACAAGGAGAAUGACCAUGACUGGUUCCGUAUCGAGUCCAAUGAGGACGGAACGAGAUGGACUGGGACCUGCUGGUAUGUGCACAACUUGUUGAGAUACGAGUUCAAGCUCCAGUUUGAGAUCCCCGCGGGCUAUCCAGCUGUGCCAAUUGAAUUGGAGUUGCCAGAGCUGGACGGGAAGACCCCGAAAAUGUACCGUGGCGGGAAGAUUUGUUUAGAUAUCCACUUCGCACCGCUUUGGAGGACGAACGUCCCGAAGUUUGGCAUUGCUCAUGCCCUGUCUCUUGCUCUGGGGCCUUGGCUGGCCGCCGAGAUCCCCUACUUGAUCGAGGCUGGCGUCGUCACCCACAAAGGGCUGGCCGAGCCUUGCCAAGUCUGA